AUGGAUACGAGUGAAGUCGUCAAUGGAACGUCGCAGGCCCGGCUGGCGAUUCCCCGCCGCUCUAGCAUCGCCCUGCUCGAGCUGUGUUUCGGCAAGAUUAAAUUUGAAAAGAAAAUCAACGACAUUUCAAAGGGCGUCGAUGCCAUCCAAGCUUUCCUUGAGACCACACACAGGCCACCACCAGCCGCGGAAAAUCGAACUGACAGGAGCUUGAUAUCAGUUGACAACCAACUUGAGACGGUGAAACAUGAAUCCCAGGGGGCGUCUCUCUGCGCACCUGGGAGCGAUACCCACUGGGACCACUCUGCACACAUUAUUGAUUUUAUCAAAACAUUUGUGGAACAUAUAGAGCCAGCAUAUGUCGGCACUGAUGGUGGCAAGGUGGUAUUAUCAUUGAAAACUCUUCUUAAGAGUCUUGAAAACCCUAAGAAUUUGGUCAUUCCAAAAGCCAUGGCUCCAGCACCGGGAGGUUCCUCUGAGAUGCCUCCAUUGGCGGCUUCCGUGGAGAUACUACGUUGGGCUCAAGCCCAUCAGACCAAUGCAACUGUGUCUCGAAUGUCGCAUGUGCUUCCUCUUGAGCGGUUUGCCGAUAUAUGUCGAAAGGUUUAUUUUGCAAUCGAUGAUUUCAAUGAGAUAGAUUUCAUUCUGUCUAACGGGUACAUGUACUACAUCUUCUGUGAGCAUGCAGCUGGAUCUGGACGGGAAGACUACCUGGAAUACGGCAAGCUUUGUGAAAAGAACAUGUUCAAAGGUUUCCAGAGACUCCCGCUUCUUUUACCGUCAUCCAUGGAAGUCAUAGCGGCGCUAACGCUUGGGGCAUUCAAUGCUGUUGAAAACUCCAAGGCCUCGCUAGCUUGGAGCUUUAUAUCCGUUGCAUCAACUCAGUGUCAAACUCUUGGAUACCACCGUAGCCCACCAGGGCGGUCUCGGGGAACAAUAAAUUCUCUUAGAGCUUCCCAGGAACGACUGUUCUGGUCGGUUUAUAAGCUUGAUAAAGGGCUAUCUCUUCGCUUUGGGCGGGCACCGAAUAUUCUUGACACUGAGAUAACGCUACCCUUUGAGCAAGAUUUACCGAGACCCGUUCGAGUGGCGAGGAUUCAAGGUAACGUAUAUGAGCAGCUGUAUAGCCCAGCGGCCAUAUCUGUUGCAAAUAAUAGUACGCGGAUCCAUCACGCGGAGCAGCUUGCUGAGCAGCUGCGAAGUUUAAUCGCGGAAACAUAUACCGAACUCAACGCCGUAGAGGCAAGUGACGAACCUGUUGUAUCGUUGGACCCAUUGCGGGACUAUCACCUGCAGUGCGACUUGGUCUGCUUGACUUCGUUAUUGACUCUCAUUUUGCGUGCCGUACCUCUUCCUCUGGAACCUUUGGAUGGUUCAAUAAACAACUACGUAACUGCUGCUCGCGAGGUCUUCGAUAUUCACCACAAAUGUAUGUUGGGUAUUAAAAAACGUGGAAUUGGCUGUUCAAUGAACAGAAAGUAUAUAAACUGGGCAAUAGUAAACACACCGUUUGUUCCAUUUACCAUCCUAUUCACGCGCGUGAUCCAAUUUCACGACGUGGCUGAUUUGGCUCGCUUGAAACGCUUCACAGAUUCUCUCUGUCCGGAUUCAGCUGGAUCGGAAUCUAUAACACAUCCUCAUCAACUCUAUGAUCUGCUUUGCCAGGCUGCGCAGCUCUAUAUGAGAACUAAUGCUCUUUAUCCAUCUGACACAUUUUCCUCGCUUAAUGAGGAUCCUUUCCAAGCUGCGGAAUCGAGUUUGGUGGAUAAUAGCAUCGAGAUGGCGAUGGAGCAUGGAAAGGGACUUGAGGAGAACAUUUCGCAUUUUGAUAACUUGGACGAUUGGUUUCAAGGGAAUCAGCAACUCAUGAGUCUGCUUGAGGAUGCACCUUUCUAA